AUGCUUGCUAUUGUGGGUGCCAAUUGUAAAAUGUUGAUGUUGCUGUUGCAUAAGUGGUUGUUAUAAUGCCAUUGAUGAAUAUCUAAAGACAUAAGCAUUUACCUAUGCUGUUUUUCUUGUAGGGAGUUUGCGCGUUGGAAGGUGAGGAACACAGCCAUUGAGAGGAGGGACCUUAUCCGGAACCCCGUGCCGCUCAUGCCAGACUUCCAGCGCAGUGUCCGGUUGCUAGGGCGACGACCCUCCACUCAACAGUUCAUCGACACCAUCAUCAAGAAGUAUGGAACCCACAUCCUCAUAUCCGCCACCUUGGGAGGUGAGAAAGCAUAUAUCUACUUGUACUUUACUAAGACACCAGUGGUGGGCCACAAAAAUGGCUCCCGGGCUGCCAGAUGAUGACUCCUUAUUGUGGUUGGUUUGACAUAAUUUUUUGCUGUUAUAUACAUACAAAGUAAUGUCCAUUGUCCAUGCCACUUUCUUGAUGGGAAAAUAAUGGGAAAUAGAUGGGAUAUCGAUGGGUAAAUUGGUAGUUUUGACAGUCAAAUGAGCUUAUGCAUGGCUGGUCAUAAUAGAAUGGUAAACCCAUCUAAAACCUGCACUGGUUCUUCUCAUGGUUCUGUCCUGUUAAGAUAACAUUUGAGGUGGUUUUAUCUGAUUUAACAUUUUAUAUCAACCUGCCACUGACAAUUUUGGAGCUCAUGCAUUUUACAGGCAAGGCCCUGCUUUAGAAACAUAUAUUUUUCUGUUUAAAUCUAGGAUUACACUUGAAUGUCAAACAGUCAGCUUCAAUAAUUCAGUUAAAGCGAAAGUGGGGGAUUUCAUAGGUAGACGUUUAGAAUUGCAAUAUCAUAUAUACAAGCCUGCAAGGUGAUUCACCCUAACACACUAAUUAUGGAAUUCAGAAAUGUAAUAUUGUGGUGAAAUAUGAUGCUUAGGUAAAAUAUAAAUACGUUAAAAAUAAAACCAUCUCCAAGCAGGAUGAUUCACUGCUACCACAAAUGCAGACGUGAUUAAAGGUUAAUGAUAUAAGGAAUCUUGACACAAAGAACUGAUUGCAAUGUUGCAGGUUAUCUUUAUUUCUCUUCUGUUGUGUCAUGGGGUCUGUCUUCUGACGAUGAAGAGGAGGGAGAGAGAGAGCGAGAAUAUACGAGAGGAGAGAGAGAGAGCGAGAUGAUAGAGCGUGAGGAGGCUCUCAAGUUCGAUAGGCUCCUCUCUCUCUCUCUCUCUCUCUCUCUCUCUCUUCUCUCUCUCUCUCUCUCUCCUCUCUCUCUCUCUCUCUCUCUCUCUCUCUCUCUCUCUCUCUCUCUCUCUACUAACUAAGUUUCACCAUAUCAUGUUUAACCUUGAAGGCAUUUCAGAGAGUAAUGUUCUAGAAGUCACUCAUCUCAAUCUCUGGGUUGCACAUUAAAGAAACACCAUUAUGUGAGCCGAUAAACACAGAAACCAGGAGUGUACGUAAAGCUGGCCUAAAGGCCCACAGCUAUUACAUCUAAGGUGAUAAAGGAGUACAGAAAAGACAAUGUUCUCUUCGCCAGACUCACUUUAUGAGCUAAAAGGAGUCACUGUAUACUGGGAAAAAUGGGUCUGUCUGAUGGCCGGCCCCAUUGAGAAUGUGUGUUGGUGUGUGUGUGUGUGUGUGUGUGUGUGUGUGUGUGUGUGUGUGUGUGUGUGUGUGUGUGUGUGUGUGUACGCGCGCGUGCGUGUAUGCGUAUGUAGCAUGUGCAUGUGUGUUUGCAGGUCUGUCUUUUUUGGGUCAUAUGUCUGCAGACACUAUUGAACACUGCACAUUUAGCCAUUGUGCAGUAUAAUAGUAUAAUGUAAUAUAUCCUGUAACCCACACAGGUACCAUUAACUCCACAAUAGAGUACCUAUGUCUAGCAAUUCCAUUGCUUUUAAGCACCAGUAGGCACUCCUAGCACCAGACAGCAGACGGUGUUAAUGAUAUACAGGUAAAUCAAUACCUUCCCCUCAUAUAUUGCUUUUAUAUAUCCAUCAUCUUGUAUUAUUUCAUUACACUAGCCAAUAAAAUCAGGGCCCUGUAUGGCAAUAAUGUAUAUCCAUAAAAAUGGGAAUGACAUCAUUGACCAUAGACUGAGACAGAGCUUUAGAACGCUGAAGGCUCAGCUCUAGGUAUGAAUCAAUUUAGUCAUAAUCGAGGCACAGCGCCAAAGAGCUGCCCCAGUAAAAUGUAAGACAAUGUAUUUUUUAUGAAAAGAUCACCCACAAAGAUAAAAUAUAGCUAAGCUGGCUGGGCCUGACUUUACUGGGGCAAAAGCAGUAAAGUCACAUAUUUAUGUACAGUAGACCUACUUCCAAAUAAGCCAGAGAGGGCAAAGCUAUAGCGAUAGAGGGUUAAUGUUGUAUCAUUAUCCUUGUGCAGUAGGUCAAGGGUGUGUGCGUAACCUUCCUUCCCCCGGGGAAGAGCAGGGAGAGUGGGGAGAGAGUGGGGCCAUCCUCCUUCCAUGCCACGGUACUGCUGUUUCAACCAGACAUGAGACAUUGGGCCUGACUAUCGCCCCCGGUCACAGCCACCACAAGCUAAGUGACCAAUCGCAAUGCAUCGCCAAGGGCCAAAUAACCAAUCACGAUGUGGGGGGUUGUGAACAUAUGUGACAUGUUCUUGAAUGAGUUCCAGACAACUUGGCUUGUAUGCUCUUUGAACGGCAAGGAGAGGGCGGCGGAGGGAAAAUGAGCUGUUCAACCUUUACGAAGUGUCAACAAACAGGCGUUGGCAUGCGUACACUUACAGUAGAUCACAGAGUCAUUGUUUGUUGCUGUGUAAAGGUUCAGGGCUUUCUGCUGGAGUGUUCACUUCUUCUCCUGUGGUAUCAGGAUGUUUACUUCUAAAGGUCAUUCCCUCGGUGUGAAAGCAAUCCACUCACUUACGCCCUUAACAUAUUCAACCUUUAUAAACACAUAAUAUGGAGUUAUUAGGGGAAAAUAAACAGUUUUUGGUGACAUUUUUAUGUAUAAAUGGCAAUUAUAGUCACUCCAGACAUUAUGAUUACAGUGAUGUUAUAGAGAUGGCUUGGAAACUUCAGUAAUAUUUGUUGCCUAAAGAUACAAUAUACUUUAUUGUCCAUUUAUAUGGAAAAUCAUUAUUUGAUGUCCGCAUACAAAUACACAAACACUACACAAUAUAUCACAUGCAUUACGGGAAACUGAAAAGCUUACAUUUUCACAUAUUCAAAGUCUCUGCGGCCUACUGUCUGACCGUGUAUUUGGCCUGCAUCUGUCCUAUGUCCCACUGUUCAGCAGCCCCAUGGCUAUUAGCCACUGAUGGACAACAAAGUGUGCAUACAUGAAUGAAUGCUGCUACCAGGCAAAAUAGUAAGUCAACAAUGGUAUCAUAUUGUACUGUAUCAUAAAACAAGUCCCACUUCCUGUCUUCCCUGUAGGUGAGGAGGCAUUGACCAUGUACAUGGCCAAGAACAAGCUGGACAGAAAGUUGGUCAACGCCACUCAGAAUGUGGAGGCCCUGCACCAGCUGGCCUCCUCCUACUUCAUCGACCGAGAUGGCACCAUGAGGAAACUCCACGAGAUCCAGAUCUCCACCAACGCAAUCAAGGUAUGCAUCUUUACACACAAAAAAUACAGUACAUAAAUAUGUUCAAAUGUGUCACAGUAGUUGGACAUAAAAUGAAUGAGUUUGCUGCUCAUUGUUUGCUGCUCCCACAAGUGAUCUUUAACUAGGCUGUUGUGAUAUAAACAGCAAUCGACCAACAUGAUGUUAUUCAGGUACUCAAACACAUUCCUAUCACACACACCUCCAGUCCCCUCCCAGCCACCCUGGAGAGUGUCUUGCCGUCUUUUUGAAGUCCUAAGUGACAGGUGGAUGAAGAGGUUCUGGCAGACGGGACGCUGGGUAGCAGGAAGCCAAGCAUGACACAAUUAAACAGAAUUGACAAUGGCUGCUGAGUCAGGGCUGGGUGAGAAGUCGAGGAGGGAAGAAGCACACACAGCGCAUUCUCAACAGGAUAAGUAUAGCCACUGUAACCAGCCAAACUGCGUGGAGCAAGAGAAGACCUGUCCUGACUAUCUUCUUGACUGACAAACCUGCACUAUCUCUGAGUCCUACUGGUGUUGAAUAGUUGGACUGUGUAUGUGGGAGAUAUCUGAGUAUUAUGAAGCGUGUGUGUGUGUGUGUGUGUGUGUGUGUGUGUGUGUGUGUGUGUGUGUGUGUGUGUGUGUGUGUGCGUGCAUGCGUUUAUCCUCAAUCAUCCGACAUCAAAGAAUGUGCCUACUCAAAGCCAAAUAUUGUUUACACUGAGUACAUUACUAAUAAUUAAAUCUUUCUCACACUAGAUUUACAUUAAUCAUAAACAGUAUCUCAUCAUAUGUCUCAACUGAGGACAAAUAUAGUUUAUUUAGUGAGGGAGAAGGGUUAUCAAAUCAAGAAACACUUUUAUCACAUUCAUUUAAUCCAAUAGAAUGCAAUAUGUUGAUCCUAUUUUCAAUUUAGGUGGAAUGAACAAUUGAUCCUUCAGGCGUUAGAAAAGGAAGAAACACUUCAUUUAUAAUUAAAAUAAACAAAACAAAGACACUUGAAGGGAACAAAAUACCAUAUAACAAGAAAGACAAAAAUUUACAGAAUUUAGGAGGAGGAAAACAGUAUAACAGAAAAUCAAUUUGCAUUAAUUCCCAUAAUGAAACCGCAACAAAAUAGUUUUUUUUUUCUGGUUUGACUUGAAAAGAGGGAAAAACUGAAAGCAAAAAUUAUUUGAGGCCACUGCCCACACAAAUGAAAGUUGAUACAUAUACUAUUGAAACGUCUAUGCUUUGUCAGAAAUACUAUUAUCCAAAAUCUGUUGUGGCUGGGCCAAUCUAUCCCACUAUAAAUAAAAGGUGAUGGCAGAAGUAAAGUCAGCCGUUGGUCCUACAGUCACGUAGCAGACAGACAACGAUCUGUACGCGGAGAGGAAGCUGGGUCUGACGCACAGCCUGGAUCUAUAGACACAGAACAAGGCCCUGCACUUCCAAUAUUGAUUUAAUAUGGCUGGGAGUCAAACUUCACAGUGAGAUGCUGCGGUCUAUAGAGAUAACACAGGCACAAAGACAUCAAUAGAGAUGAAAACUAAGACUGUUUCCUGUCUGGCGAGUAAGCACAUUUACUGUGUAAAGUUUGGGUUAAGUAUUGUGUUUACUUAGUGAAAUGUGCGUUUUAAGCUCUGGAGAUUGCUAUCGUAAGUUUUGGUAUUUCAUUUCCCUUUACCAAUUUUCCAUAUCCUCAUGUUAUCAUGUUAUCACACUCUCAAACACACAUGCAGGCACCAGAAAUACACACUGUUAGUGUUGUCAUAUGUCUAGAGUAAGCCCUAAUCUUUUUUAGCCUGUACAUUCUCUCUCUCCUGAUACCUCUUGCUGGAGGACACUUCAAUAGUUGAGGCUGUAGCAGAAAAAUGAACAGUAGUGUACAGGCAUUAGUGUGUGUGCAUUAGUGGGGAUGGCCUGAGAGCAUCCACUGAUCUGCCAAGCUGGGCUAUAUUUAUCAACUCCUCAUCCCUGGCCCGUCUCCCCAAGCCUUAGCACUGCUUAAGAGGUUCCAGCAACUUGCAAACGUUAAUCAAAACUAAGACAUCUCCCCACUGCCCCGGUGACGCCCAGGGCAAGCCAGGGACUUGUUAUUUUUCUAAGACCCCACACAGGAAUUUAUCUGCCCAAACCAACAAAUGUUUGUAGCCUGGAAGCCUCACCCAUCACGUCCUUUCCUUUUGGCUUUAAAACGUUCACAGCCCAUGGGUGGCUUAAUAGCAGAACUCCAAACAAACAUGUUUUUUAGGCCAAAGUCUCUCUGUAACUGGCAGAUUUUUUGUUGGGGCUGUGAAGUCUUGGAGUGCCGUGUGUGUGUUGAAAUGUGUGUGUGUACAAUAUAUGCUGAGACAUCUUUCUCUUGAUUCAGUGGCUCUGAAGAGAAAAGGGAGCUCAUUAAUGUUGCACAUCCAACAAGUUCUCACAGACUCACUGCAGAAUUAGAUGUUCAUCUGCAGAAUCCACGCUCAUUUUUAAGUUGCUACAAACGUCACAUUUUGAAGUGUUUUUGUUGCUCCUGCUGCUCCAAAUGUCAAAUUUCGAAGUUAAGUGUUAAGUUUAGGCACUCAUUCCGAACGGUAAAGGUAAGUGUUAAGGUUAGGGAUAGAGUUAAAACAAAUAAUAAAAAAACAGUAUCCACAACUGGGAUCAAACAUGCAACCUUCUGAUUGAGAGUCAUGGGAUUAUGCAAAUUCGCCAACCCCGUCCACAAUGCCUUAGCAAAACCCAAACCUACUUGAUGGUAAUAGCACUCACUGUUGCCCCUAGUGGCUGGUUUUAAAGGCAAUUCCCGACAUCCUCAGGAUAUGGGUAGACGUCCAAUUUCGACGUCAAUCUUGAACGAUCUCUAUGGCACAUCAGCUUUUAUGGAAUUCAACUAAAAGGAAAGAGAACACACACACACACACACACAGCUGUCACUAGGCAGGUUGGCCUGUGGUUACUGAGUGAUGAGAUCAAAUAGGAGUAUUCCCACAGUACUUAAUUUGUCUCCUAGAAUAUAGAACUGUUCUUCAAUUCCUACACAUUGAAGAGAUGACAACUAAAGUUGCCUAAGAGCAUACAUUUUUUUCUACUGCUCUUGCAAUUAUAUACACUGAGUGUACAAAACAUUAGGAACACGCCCUCAGAACAGCCCAAUUCGCCGGGGCAUGUACUAUACAAGGUGUCGAAAGCGUUCCACAGGGAUGCUGGCCCAUGUUGACGCCAAUGCUACCCACAGUUGUGUCAAGUUGGCUGGAUGUCCUUUGGGUGAUGGACCAUUCUUGAUACACACGGGAAACGGUUGAGAUUGAAAAACCCAACAGGUUUAUAGUUCUUGACACACUCACUAGUGUGCCUGGCACCUACUACCAUACCCCGUUUAUCUGCACUUAAAUAUUUUGUCUUGCCCGUUCACCCUCUGAAUGGCACACAUACACAAUCCAUGUCGCUUAAAAAUCCAAGGCUUAAAAAUCCUUCUUUAACCUGUCUCCUCCCCUUCAUCUACACUGAUAGGAGUGGAUUUAACAAGUUACAUCAAUAAGGGAUCAUAGCUUUCACCUUGAUUCACCUGGUCACUCUAUGUCAUGGAAAGGGCAUGUUUUGUACACCCAGUGUAUACACAGCAAUAUCCAUCCAUAUUUCUAUUGAUCAACCCGUCCAUUACCCCCAUCAUUCACUCAGAGCCAACUAUCUUUCAUUUUGUUUACUAGUCUGGCUACCUAUUUGUUUGUCUUUCCAUCCACCCAUGCCUCAGCAGGGCAAACAAACAAGUAAUUGGGACACAACAUAUUGUAGAAAAACUGUAACAUAGCCCAAAUCAGACACGUACAGUAGCCCACUAUGUGAGAAAAAGAACAGCACAACACAAAGAAGAAGAUGCGUCAAACUGUGCACGGCACAAUCACAAAUGAUUGUGCCGUGAGAAAUAAAAAGGAAGACGUGUACCAGGACCCAAUAGCUGGCUGCGAGAUAGCACUCCUGGAGUGAGGAUCAUUUAAGAAGGAAAACAAGAUGCCCAGUAGGGUGUUUUAAUGAAAGAUGGAGAAAAAAAUUAAAUGUUAUGAGCAGGCUGUUUAUCUGUGACAAAGACCAAGGAUGAUUAUGCUGGGGUGGGGCGGAAUAUAGUUGCUGCUGUGUGAUGCUGGCUGGUGUUCCCACAAGGUCAGCUCCUUGAAGAGUCACUCUGCUGGCCUGAUUUACACUAGGAUUCAAUAUGCAGAUUUACUGAUGAUGCAGCAGUCGUUUUUCAGGCGGCCAUGCCGGAUCUAUGGGACAAGCCAGGAUCCUGUUUCUCAUUACUGAUUGCCACCUCUGUGGUCCACAGUCCUCUGGAGUAGUGAGGAGCCAAAUGUGUCUGAGGUGAAUUUAUCUAGGCUUUGAUUACUUGGUUGGGGAGGGUUGUGGCCUAAUGAAGGCAUUUGUAUUUUAUGUGUUUGUACUCAGUUCUAGUACUACCAAUUUUACCAACUGACAUUUCAUGAGUUAAGCAGUUAGGCCGUGUGAUACAGUGUAAUUAUUAAAUUCCAUGGAAUCACAUUACAUUCAAAAAGCAAACUUCCUCUGAGAUGUGUCCAGCCAUGAAGAGUUACUGGGGAGCCUCUCCUGUUUCCAGAAAUAGAAAGUCAUUAGGCGAGUGGCAGGUGAUAGGCACAUUAAGAAAGCUCUGCAGUGACAGCAUUCCCUUGUUGAAGACACUGGAUGUAUCCCUCCCUCAAGUCCCAAUCUAUUCCUUCUUUCCCUCUCUCCCUCCUUCUCUCAGGCUAACAUGAUUUUUAAUCCUGCCCGCAGUCGCCAGAGUUGUAUGACAGCAAAUAUGGCUGAAAUGGCUAGAGGACAGGGCUAGGCGAUGUCUUGAAGCCUUUGAGAAGCAGUGAUGCUAAUAACUGUGCCUUGAUUCUCUAACCGUAGCUAUACCAGUCCCCUGUAGCUCAGUUGGUAGAGCAUGGCGCUUGCAACGCCAGGGUUGUGGGUUCGUUUCCCACGGGGGGCCAGUAUGAAAAUGUAUGCACUCACUAACUGUAAGUCGCUCUGGAUAAGAGCGUCUGCUAAAUGACUAAAAUGUUAAAAUGUAAUACCACAAACAUUGUCAGUAGUAAUACCUCUCACCUCUACACUGCAGUAAUAAAGUGUAGAUGUGCAGCACAAAAUGUUAUCAUGUACUGUAGGUGGGCUCAUUGUUGGUGAAUGAGGCAACUUACUUCCUCUUGAAGUUACAAGCACAUUGUGACCUGGUGGGAUACAUGCAAAUAAGCUAGUAGUUAAUUACAUAUUUCUCAGAAAGAGCGAGGGGUGAAGAAGGAUUGAUUGGUUGAUUGUGCUUCAUCUGAACUGCACGGGCAAGCAAUUUCCUGAACUAAAGCAAGCUUGCAACAACUCCUCUUGAAGCCAGUCUUAUUGCAGCCAUAGUUGUUCUGUCAGUCGGUGCUGGAGGGAAAGAUCUACAAUUAGAAAUUUUGAAUAAUGACUGCAACAGUGCAUGAAGUUCACUUGAGCCCCUAUGAAUUACAGACACCAUGAAAAUGGCAUAUAAAGUGAAUAAUUUCAUAGGUGUUAAUUAAAAAUACAUGGUGAUAUCAUUAAACAAAAUGGGUAUUAGACAUAACGUUGCCACUCAUCCCCGUUACAUAACAUAUUGAAAUGCCAAUGCUCCUGAGGCCUCCAGCGUGACAUGCUCUUAGCAAUCCAUUGUGCACAUAAUUGACAGGAAAUCUGCUAUAACCGUUAGUGGGAUCCAUCUAAAUGAGAAGAGAUGGAUAGGAUGUAAUGUACUGUAGUAUGUAUGCACUCUAACACAAACCAAUUAUCCUGCUCUGGACAGAGAUUGAGCAUGCAAUUCAAACAAAUCCUAAAAUUGACAAACACAGGAUGAUAACAUUGUUCCUCUCAUUUUAAUCCAAAUAUGCUUGUGAUUCUACACUCUUAGAAAAAAGGGUUCUUCGGCUGUCCCCAUAAGAUAACCCUUUUUGGUUCGAGGUAGAACUACAGUACAUGGAACGCAAAAGGGUUCUACCUGCAACCAAAAAGGGUUCUUCAAAGGGUUCUCCUAUGGGGACAGCCGAAGAACUCUUUAAGGUUCUAGAUAGCACCUAUUUUCUAAGUGUAGGUAUGCUGGAUUUUGGAGAUCAAAGAGAAACAAAGAAAGCGUGUUCUAGAGCCAUGGUUUUAAGAUAGGGCUAUGAAACAGUAUGGCCCCACUGGGAUUCUGAGUUGUGUUCUGCUUAAUAAUCCAAAUCCUCUAAAUCCCCCUUGGCCUGUUUCAGCUCUUUGAUUGCUCCUUGUAUAUUUAUUACGUUGUAUGCCAUUUUUAUAAUCUGGCGAACCAAUAAAUGUUCUGUAUCUAGGGACGAGAGAGAGAGAGAGAGAGAGAGAGAGAGAGAGUGCAUCGGUGGUGGUUUACCAAGGACAGUAAUCUAGUUUUCUUGAUGUGUUGCACUAUAGCACACAUUGAUCGAGGGAUAAUGUCUGAUAUAUUUUCUGCAUUCACAGUGAGCACAGUCAUGAGUGUGUGUUGUGUGUGCGUGUAUGCGUGCGCGUGCAUGCAUGUGCAUGUUUUGCCAACAAUGGGGUUGAAGUUCAGGAGCAAAAACAAAAAAAACAGAUAAAAUAGAAUAAUUGUAAAAUUGACUGUGUCCAUAAGGUGUAGAUAGUAAGUAUAGGCUGGAAGUAGAGGCCUGGGCAUUGUUGUUCACUAAUUUACCCCAAGUAGGGAAAGGAUGGCGGGUUUGAAAAGUAAUAAAGGGGAGUAUAUAUAUAAAAAACAUGGGGGAUUGGAAGUGAUGCAGACAAUUACAUUGAUAGAAGUUACAAUCUAUCUGCAAUAUUAAGCUGAUCUACCCCCAGAAUUAAAAAAAUAAUAAUAAUAAUGGGGUUGACCAGAGGUUAUAUAAAGAACAGUUAUUCACUCUGCUAGGUUACCAUGCAUCAUGCAAUAUGACCUUUAUAGGAAGUAAUUUAUUCUGUGAUAAGCAACGGGAGAAAAGCACCCUGUCAGCACCCAUCAAGAUGCCACUGUUUGAUAGCCCAGGCAAGCACAGUAAUCAAUCUACUUUGAAACUUUAUGCAGGGCUGCAGAGAGAUUCGAAAAGUUCUUGUUUUGGCUUCUUGGUCAGUAACUUUACUGUAGCUUUCUGACAUUUUGAAGUUUGCAGUGGUGGAGAGUUGCAGUUUAGACUUUAGAUACUCUUAAAUAAUAAACGGAUACAGUUAUGUUGUCAAUUGUGCUCAUAACAUAACAUAUUUACCAUUUGGCAGGAAGGGACAUACACUUCAAUGUUAAGCAAUGUUAUUGCAAAGCUUAUUGGGAGCCUGUCACUCUCAGUUUUACUCACAACAGAGUGACGUCAAGGGUAAGAUAUACAUCUGUCUAAUUUCCUGCUUGUCAACCUGCCUUCUGGCACCGAAUCAAAAUGAAAGACAGGAAAAUGCCCACUGGGCACAGACGUCAAUUCAACAUCUAUUCCACGUCGAUUCAAUGUAAUUUCAUUGAAAUGACGUGGAAACCAUGUUGAUUCAACCAGUGUGUUCCCAGUGGGUGGUAUCGCAUUAUAAUGUUGGCUGAACAGGAAGGGAGAAAUAGUGCCUUUAAGGACACAAACACAUUUUACUUGGUGAUUUGAGGAUCUGAUUUAACCAUCACUGCAUCUGCACUCUGUAUCAAUGUAGCUGUAUAUCAUGUUUGUUCACCAACAAGUAUUUGACUAUGGACCCUAUGGAUCUUCGAUAACCCCUAUUCACGAGAUUGGACUUCAUGCAAGCAGCCAACGCAACCCCCUCCUUCAAGCUAAGAGUUGUCUAACUGAGCCAGAGACUGAGUGAAUUUCCUUUGAGGUUAAUGCCAGGAGUUUUUUCUCUUAAUCUCCAUUGCUGAGUAGCAUCGCAUCUGGCUUCUUGGAAUCAUGUGAAAGUACUAUUGAGCAUUGCCGGCCAACUCGUUAUGAGAAGAUAAGGGGAUAAGAAGGAGGAGUCACCCUUCUUUUCAAGAGCAAUGUCAGACCUAAAAGCACCCUCACAUUUGACUACCCUAAUUAUCCCAUAGAUGGGAGCUUGGGCCUGGAGAGAGGCGACUACUGUGACUUUUAUAAGGGAAGUGUUAUUCUCUAGCAGAGAGUGGGACGCAGGUACCGAUUGAAGAAAAAAGUCCAUUAGCGUCUCGCCUCUUUUAAAAGGAAAUAAAGCCUUUAAAGGUCCUUAAAAUAAAAUCGGUCUUAGGAGCCGGUCGUGGUACACAUCACAGAUGGAAAAAAAAGUUUUUUUUAUAAAAGUGCUGUUUAGAAAGGCCUCAUGAGCUGUCUUCUGCGCUUUGGCCCAAUACGGUUCACUUAGCUGAGCACCGCUGAACAUGCAUGUGCUAGUGUGACACACACGUGGAGUUCAUAUAUUUAUGAACUAUUCACACAGUCCCAUUUGAAAUAUGAAUGGCUUAUCCAUAGCUAAAUGAAUCACAGCCAGCAGUAUUAAUCACUGUCUUCAUUUUGCUGGGCCCCAGGAAGAGUAGCUGUUGCCUUGACAGAAACUGAUGGGGAUCCAUAUUAAAUAGAAAUACAAUAUGUGCUAUGUUUUUAACCAUGUAUAAGAGAUAUGGUUAGUUGAUGAGUGUCCCCUUCUUAGUAAAGGAAAUACAGCACACCGCUUAUUUACGUGGAAAUAUAAUCAUGCCUGACACAAGGGCAUGAAUAAAACAUUCAAUCCAAUCCUCUAAUGAUACCAAUGAUUGCUUGAUGAGUUACAUGUAGCGGCAGGUAGCCUAGCGGUUAGAGUGUUGGGCCAGUAACUGAAAGGUCGUUGGUUAGAAGGUGAACGGUGACAAGGUGAAAACUCUGUCGAUGUGCCCUUGAGCAAGGUACUUAACCCUAAUUUGCUCCAGGGGCACCGUAUUACUAUGGCUGACUCUGUAAAACAACACGUUUCACUGCACCUAUCUGGUGUAUGUGAUAUGUGUAAGGGCUCGAUUCAAUCCGUAGUGCUGAAGACCUGCAAUAUAGCGUGAUAGUAAAGUCAAUGUUCCCGUGUUCACAGAGACUGCAUUCACUGUAAAUAUUGCAUGUCGGCUCAAUUGGAAAUUAACUUUACAUUUAAAUUGCGCUACAGCGCAGAUCUUCAGCGCUAUGGAUUGAAUCGAGUCCUAAAUCUCAACUCAGGAUUUCAGCUAGUCAAAUUCUCAUGAAGAUAACUCUCUCUAUGAUCACCCCCUAUCCUCCCUCACUCCAACACACACACACACUGCAGGUGUCUCUGUCCCCUACUGUUCUUCUCAUCUUUGUCCUGAUUCUCUUGCAGGUGACAGAGACUCGUACGGGUCCCCUGGGAUGUAGCAGCUAUGAUAAUCUGGACUCAGUGAGCUCCGUCCUCCUGCAGAGCCCUGAGAGCAAGCUCCAUCUGCAAGGUAAACAUCCCGCCCAUAUCCCUGACCAUACUUCCACCAUGGGAGUAGAGUCCUGCAGG